GCCUGACUUCCGUCAUCCCUCCAUCUUAGCGCAGCUAGCUUGUCGCAGCGAAGAACCAAACGGAGGCAGAGCGGAUCAAUUUGGAGCCACGGCGGUUGAUCGGGAUUAUGCGGCGACACUGAUUGCUGUAUCGGCUGAACACACUGUUUCAUCAUCGCUUCCAUCAGCUGUGACGUCACCUCAGUCUCCAGGGUUUAGUCUCUACCCGGCCUGUAUGCAGCCUGUCCAGGGCCCAGCCUAAUUCCUGGUGCUCCUUACUUUUCCACCACCUCUUCCCUCCUUUCCCUACCCUCCUCCCCCCUUUGCCCCCUCCCUCCAUCCUCACCCCCACACACACACACACACACACACACACACACACACACACACACACACACACACACACACACACACACGCACACACACACAUACACACACAGACCCCUGCCUGGUGUCACGCAGACUGACUCCCAGCAUUUAACCCCGGACCGGCGGCCUGGCUGGCUGCCCCCCUACAGGUGGAUGAAUGAAGACCCCAUUCAAGAGCCCAGCGCCCCACGGCCCCCCCGACCAGACGGGGGACAUUCAGGUGUGUCUGCAAACAUGAUGAAGAAGAAAAACUCACACAAGAAACAGAGGACCAGUGUUGGUCCCAGUAAGACUCUCACUCAGCCCAGAAGGAAUAUUGUGGGCUGCAGGAUCCAGCACAUCUGGAAGGAGGGCAGUAAGUCGUCCCAGUGGAAGGGGACGGUCCUGGACCAGGUCCCUGUGAACCCGUCCCUCUACCUGAUCAAAUACGACGGCUUCGACUGCAUCUACGGCCUGGAGCUGCACAGUGAUGAGAGGGUGGUGGAGCUGGAGGUCCUUCCUGACAGAGUGGCUCCGGCCCGUGUCAGCGACUCGAUGCUGGCUGAAACAAUGAUCGGUAAAGCGGUGGAGCACAUGUUUGAGACGGAGGACGGGCCGAAGGAGGAGUGGAGGGGGAUGGUGCUGGCUCGAGCUCCCAUCAUGACCGCCUGGUUCUACAUCACCUACGAGAAAGACCCGGUCCUCUACAUGUACCAGCUGCUGGACGACUACAAGGAGGGAGACCUGCGCAUCAUGCCCGACUCCAACGACAGCGUGGCAGCGGAGCGGGAACCCGGCGAGGUGGUCGACAGUCUGGUGGGCAAACAGGUGGAGUACGCCAAAGAGGACGGCGGGAAACGGUCGGGUAUGGUCAUCCACCAGGUGGAGGCCAAGCCCUCCGUCUACUUCAUCAAGUUCGACGACGACUUUCACAUCUACGUCUACGACCUGGUCAAGACCUCCUAAGACCAGAAAGCCGGUCCAGGACCCCCAAAAAGACUUACUGAGACCUGCCUAGACCCACCGAAAUAACCCCACCGAAAUCCCCAAGCGAAGGAAAACUACGGCUAGGGUUUAAAACAUCCACGAUCUAUAGAGACGCCUGAGACAAACAAUACCAUUCUUUACUCUUUCGCCUUAAACACAAGAAAAACAUGUGGUUAUGGAAGCCCAGCCCCUCACCAAGACAGAAAAACUACAACCAGCUCCAAGUCUUCAGGUGUAUCCAGUCAUCUUAUAAUCCAUCAUUAUUGUCCAGAUUUCUUUAGACUCUGUUUGGAUGCUUCCUCUGACACAAAACUGGUUUGUGGGCCCCAAAGAAGACCAGGGAUCCUGUGUUAUAUGGAAUAACUUAAAGCUGUAUUGUUAAAUACUAUUUUGGAACAUUUGUGGCGGUAAUACACAAAAACUUGGCUAAAAUCGAAAAAAAAACUGCUGGUUGAGUUUGAAAACUUGAUUUCUAGAAGUUGAAAUCUGCGGGGACCCGAUCCUGAGAUCCUCCAGACACAACAAAAACAUCUUCUGACCCAAAUAUAAUUUUCUCCAGAAUCAAAGCAGGUCUGAAACUAUUUAGGUAAACAGAAAGACCUCACCCCCCCCCCUUUCCUGAAACCCUGUCAGACCGCUUGAGCUCUCCGUCGUCAGAGGAAGGGGGACAGACAGGUCUGAGUCUGCCGGGGUUAAUGAAGGGAUGGGACUUUAGGAAGACAGAAACCUGUAGAUGAAGUGAAAGCUGACCCAUCGUCUGUCUCCAUCUGUAUUUAUAGAAGGUGUACGUGGACUAUUGUGCUAUUAGAGGUCCAAAUACAGAGGGUUUCACUUAACCUGCCUACCUGCAGGUCACCUGUUAACAAACAAAGACGCUGAGUGGAAUAAAGUGUGAAGGAAGCCGUGGAAAAACCAGAGGACACAGAGACAGACUGUUUUCUUUUGACAUUCUUUUAGCAUUUGGCUUUUUUUUUCCCCUGUUGCUGCUGAUUCCUACAUUACCCAUAAUGACUUCCAUCAGACAGUGGGAGAGGCUCAGGUGUGUUUGUUUGGCUGCAUCAGUUGGUCCAAAGUGGCCUGUUAGCGUUGUUGGCUGUCCUCAUAAACUGGUUAGCUACUGCUCAAAGGUAGUGCUCGUGGUCGCCGCCCAGAUUCAGUUUUCAGUAGGAAUGCUAAUGAUGCUAACGAGCUACUUAAAUUGGUCGCACAAACUUUUCAUGGAUUCUGGUCCAGAUGAGAACUAGUUCAGGUCAAAGAAACACUUGUGUCGGUCCUAGAUUAUUUAACAUUUAUCAAUCAGUAUAGAACCAUUACUUAAUGGUUUAUAACAAACUAGGAUGUAGUUGUAAGUAGAUAUAUGUUUGUUAAUGUUAAGUAUUUGUCAACAAUUUUAACUUAUACUACAUGAAGACAAUUCUACGAGUUAUAGUUUUUAAGUAAUACAUUCACAUGGUGUGUUAUAAACCUUUAUUACAUGUUUAUUACUGGUUAUAAAUGUUAAAUAAGGUGUUGAGGUUAUCUUGGAGCAAAGACAAAAUGUCUGAAUGUUCCUUUAAUGGCUUCCCUAGGACAGCUGAUGCAGUAUUGAUCAGUUUAAUAAAAGCCAAAAUGCUGGCACAACUGACAAAUCACUGAGCCUGAAGGUAAAACUGUAGCAGUCGUGAUGCCCCGCCCCCUGUCUGAGGCGCUCAUUUCUGAUUGGUUGGACUCAAGCGCGAUGUGGUUUGUUGAUCCAACCAGUCAUCCAGUGUUCAUCUGUUGGAAGUUGAUUUAUAUGUUUUUAUAAAAAAAAAAAAUCUUUUCCCUUAUCUUUUCUUCUGCUUUCACAUCAGCGCCCUGUAUAGUUACUUCUUUGUUUAUAUGAGCCGGCACAUUCAGAUCGCCUUGUUUUCUUUGUAUAUUAUCUCUUUGUUGGUUUUAUGUCACAUCUCUUCUGAUCUGUGUAUACUGUAUAUGACCCAGUUAGCUGUAGGCUUAUGGCUGAAAUUCAGAUUUCAUCCAAAAUGACUGAAGAUUUUAUCCCAACUGCACUCCACAGAUCUGUUGGUGUGUAGGAUUAUUUUGUCUUUAACUGUUUGCUGACUGACAAAUCUCUCCUUCCCUGAAUGGAGUCUGGGUUGGGGCGCUCCUUCCUUGCAAUCACUUCCUAGCUCCCUAUAAACCACUCCUCCUUCUUAACAGUUAGAACUCAGUCAGGGGUUGAUGGAGGAUACUCUAUCUCCCACAGUGCUGUGCUCCUACCUGAUGUAGCUUCACCCACCACAGACAUAACUCUUAACAUUAGCAUAAACAGCCAUGUUGCCUGAUCCACGUCCCGUGUGCCUGAAGGGACUCGAACAUCUGAAACAAAUUUUUUUUUUUUUUUUUUAAAGAGCGUAAAUGUUUCCAAACCAGUGCUUUUUCAUUUUGGAUGCCUACUGUUUUAAAUAUAGAACACUCCUGGUUCAAGUCCAUGAUGUGGGUUCCACAACAUUUCAUUCAGUUAUGAAGAUGAUUUGUUCUGAUUCUAGAAUUGAAAGCACCUGCAUUACUGUUUUAGAAUAUGUUGUUUGAUAUUGUGGAACGUAUUCCAUCAACCUGCCCAUUCUAAUUCUAGAACAUGCAAACUCCGGAAUAUGAAAGUUCAUUCUAUGGAGUUUUUAAUAACACUAAAUUCUCACAAUGGAACCCACACAUCCUGUUUGUUCUCCAACCGGCUGUGGUGUUCCAGAACAUUUUGUUCAAUUUUUGGAAAACUUUUGAUUUUGUGGAAUGUGUCCCAUCACAAUGUGUGCAACAUGUAUAGAACCCUCCCAUUCUGACAAAAAAAAUGUUGAAGGAAGCACAUGUUCGAUUCAUUAGAUUUCCUAGAACGCAUCCCAAAAAAAUCAUGUGAGCCAUUUUUAUACGAACACAUGUUGAAGGGUGAACGCAUUUGCUUUCAGCUUCAGAUUCUAGAGAGACUGAGACUUGUUUUGUAAUCUGGUUUGGAUAUGUGCAUUCUCAAGUCUGGAGUCUGGGAUUCUAGAAUAAUUGUACCACAUUCCUUUUAGAAUCUUUUUUUUGUUGUUGAUUUCCCUAAAAAACACAGCUACAAAUUCUAGAACACUGAGACCAGAACCCACGCGUUCUGAUUCAAGAACACGUCUGGUUUCUCAAUUGAAAAUCUAUUCAAAACAUCUGCGGACGGAGAGGACAAAAAAGGGCAAACGUGAUUUAUUAACUACAUAAACAUGUUGGCGUUAAGAUGUCAAAACCGUAACCACAAUUAAUAGCAUUGUAAUCACAAGAAAACAACAUAUGACGGAGGAAACCUCUACAGUUCAAACAGUCAGAGAGCAGACAAUGUUGUUUCUUUGUUUCAGGUAGAAAUGUGUGUUUGAUCUGCUAGCUCGCUCUGCCUUGCUCCUGUCCCCGGUUGUCUCCUCGGUUUCUUUAAUCUUUACUCCGGUCACCAAGGAAACGUCCAGAAGUUGUUGGACAGUUUGUCUUUCAGUCCCAUUCAGAGAAAGCAGCCGGUGUCCGCUGAUAUAGUCUCUGCUGCCGUUUUAACCGCUAAAGUUAACCUGGAUACCCACAAUGCACCUGGCUUCAGAGGAUGUUUAGACCGUAGUCAGACUCCUAGGCGAUGGAUGGGGGGGGUGGAGACCAGUGUCUGCGUGGAUCUUCACCCUUCAUUAUGUAGACGUCAGUAGUCGUCUGUCCAGGAGGCGACACCCUGUUCGUAUUUUACAGAAAAACAUUGAUCUAUUGUGUGUGUGUGUGUGUGUGUGUGUGUGUGUGAAUGAGUGUAUGUGCUGUCGAUCAGCCCCUGUUCAGAGAAGUGUUGUUUUUGCAUGCCUAUAUAGCUCGGUGUAAAUCGAUGUGAGUUGCAUGUCUGUGUAGUUUUCAGUUGUUUGGCUGACUUCUAUCUGUUGUGGCUUUUGGUGCCUUUCAUUUGAUUUUUCGAUUUUUCUUUCCCGGUUUGUUUGUACAGCGUGUUCCAGAGGCUGCUGCUGCUGUUUUUUGGGGUUAUUGAGCAAAAAAUAGAAAAUGAAAACAAAGAAAAUCCUCCUCCAAACAGAACUGACAGCAGUUAUUAUCAUGAGGUGAUGACGGGUGUGAAUUCGGUUUCUGGGUGGAUUGUCCCUUUAAAUUGUGCCAACUACAGAUGCCAGUGUUGUACAGCAGUGAAAAGCUUACACUAUUUACUAAAAUAAACCAUUUCUCUGUUUUUU